UUUAUCGUCGUUGUUUAUUCCUCAUUCUACGCGAGUUAGCGAAUGCAACGAGGUUCGUUUUCCAAGUUAUGUGAAUUUUCAUCUGAAAUAAUUGUAAAAAGCUUUUGUAUUAAGUAAUUAAAAACGAUUAUUGUGUAUUAGAUACCAUAAAAUGCGCGGCAGUGUUAUAUUUCAACAAAAUCGCGCCCUGGGCUACGUGAGCAAUCACGUCCCGGCCAAUGUGCGUUUCAUCGAAAAGCGCAACGAGAAUGUGAUCACAACCUGCGUGGGGAAAUCCUUUCACGUUUACGGUUCCAACAGUUUCCGGUUGAUUCGGGUCGGAGGUUUGCACCCCGAAGACAUAAGCUGUAUAGCGUCAGAUGGAUUCUUGACGUAUGUUGCGAGCGGGAACGUUAUCUACGGAUGGAGAUCCAGCACACAGCUGCGCAAAACUUAUCGGGGCCACGGGAAGAAAGUGCACCUGCUGCUUCCAUUCGGGAAGCAUUUGCUGUCGGUUGACGAGGCCAGUUUGUUGAAGAUUUGGUUCGUUGGGACGGAGGAAGUUUAUUUGGAGAUCCCCUUCAAUAUUGAUCAGUUCGAGAUUUCGGCACUGAUGCAUCCGGCUUCCUACAAGAAUAAGAUUUUACUGGGAAGCAGCCAAGGAGGGCUUCAGCUUUGGAACAUCAAAAACGCUAAACUGGUUCACACUUUCCGGGGAUUCGAUUGUAAAGUGAGUGUGUUGACACAAGCACCUGCUAUUGAUGUGGCCGCAGUUGGAUUGCAAAAUGGAAAGAUCGUUUUGAUGAAUUUGAAGUUUGAAGAGGCGAUUAUGGAGAUGACCCAGGAUUGGGGACCGGUAACGGGGAUUACGUUCCGCACUGAUGGACAUCCCAUCAUGGCCACGUCUAGCACAAAUGGGCAAGUAACAUUUUGGAAUCUGGAAGAACAGGUCAUUGUUUCAACGUUGUUAGCUCAUAGCGAUUCCGUUACGAGUCUACAGUGCUUCCCGAAUGAACCUCUGCUGUUGACCACUUCCCCGGAUAAUUCGAUGAAGCUUUGGAUAUUCGACUUGCCGGAUAACGGUGCUCGAUUGUUGAGAAUACGCGAAGGCCACGGGGCUCCUCCCACGUACAUUAGGUACCAUGGAUCAUCGGGUCGGAACAUUCUAUCAGCAGGAGAGGAUUCUUCUCUAAGAAUCUUCAGCACCAUCUCAGAAACCUUGAACAAGAGUCUAGGGAAAGCCAGUUACAAUCGUAAGGCAUCGAAGAAACACCGCAAGGGGGAGGAUCCCUUCCGAAUGCCACCGAUAAGCUUCUUUACAUCGGAGACGACCAGGGACAAAGAGUGGGACAGCAUAGCGGCAGCCCAUUCGGGACUGGUCCAGGUGACGACCUGGUCUUUCGACAAAUGCAAAAUGGGCGAGCUGAAGCUGGUGCCGGAAGUGUUCCAGAACAAAAAUCGAACGGAUUUCGGAGCUACUGCCACGGCCCUAUGCCUGAGCCACUGCGGGAACUUUGUUACAAUCGGUUACUCUAGUGGCCACUUGGAGCGGUUCAACGUUCAGAGUGGAAUACAUCGGGCCAGCUAUGGGAAGCCACCGGCACAUGAAGGAGUGGCAGUUCGGGGAAUUUCAUCGGAUAAUCUUAACCAGUUCGUGGUCUCCGGCGGGGCCGAAGGAACGCUCAAAUGGUGGAAUUUCAAGCAAAAUGUUAACAAACCGGUAUAUUGCUUAAAACUCGAUGAACCGGUGUCCUUGUUCAGUAGUCACCGCGAAAGCGCUAUGAUAGCCGUUGCCCUUGAGGACUUUUCGGUGUUGAUUGUGGAUUCCGACACCCGCGCCGUUGUAAGGAAAUUCGUAGGCCAUAAAGGACCCAUCACCGAUGUCUGUUUCUCGCCGGAUAGUCGCUGGCUGUUAACAGCAAGUCGGGACUGUACCGUAAAGGUGUGGGAUAUUCCAUCGGCUUACCUCGUCGAUCACUUCAGAAUGCCUCAGAUUUGCACCUCUCUGAAUAUGUCCCCGACAGGUGACUUCCUUGCGACGACCUAUGUGGACAACAACGGGAUCUAUUUAUGGGCCAAUAAAAGCUUAUUUUCACACGUUUCGCUUCGAGCGAUCAAUCCUGGCGCGGAAGCACCACUGAUGAACCUUCCAGCGACAAUUUGCGAUGAAAAUGCAACGACAUUGCUCGACGAGAACGGUAUGGAGAUUGACGAGUUGGAAGAUGCUAUGGAAGCCAUCAACAUCAACUACGAGAGUCCAGCACAGCUUUCGCGGGAGUUAAUCACCAUGUCCAACAUGGCGGCUUCUCGCUGGCAGAAUCUACUGAACUUGGACAUCAUCAAGAAGCGCAACCGGCCAAGACAAGCCCCACAGAAGCCAAAGUCGGCACCGUUCUUCCUGCCAACUGUGUCCGGUUUAGAUUUCCAGUUCGAUUUGGACGCAACACAGGAUCAAUCCGCCGACGCCGCGUCGAAGAUCCUAAAAGUCAACCAGGUGGAACAGUUGACCAGCUUUGGCAAACUGCUUAAGGACGCCGUAUUUAGUGGGGAUGAGAAAUUCACGAAAGCGAUUGAGUUCCUGAAAAAGCUUGGCCCAUCGAUGGUAGAUUUUGAAAUUCGGAACCUCAGCCCGCUGGACGGAGGCAGUGGGAGUAUCUCAGUGAUGGGUGCUUUCAUGCAGAUGAUCGUGGCCCUACUGGAGAGCAACCAAGGCUUUGAGCUGGGACAAAGCUGGUUGGGCGUGUUCCUCAAGGCUCAUGGGCGAACCAUUGUGGAGCACGAGGAACUGAGGAUGAUGUUGGAUGAAGUGGAACAGGCACAGGCCAAAGGCUGGAACUUGUUGGAGGAACGCUUGCUGUACGGGAUAGGCGUGGUAAGUAGUUUGAGGAAUUUCAAUGCUUGAUGAUUUGGUUUUCGCCUGAUCAGUAAUAAAAAUUGUACAUUGGA